AUGUUUAGAAGCUUCAUAAGAACAAUGUCAUCCUCGAAUAUAGGACCUAUAGAGCAAUCAAUCCAACAAAAACUUACCAACUCAUUUAAACCUUCUUUUUUAGAGAUACGAAAUGAUUCACAUAAACAUGCAAAACACGCAGGUAUGCAAGGUGCUUCAAACAGAACAGAAUCUCAUUUUUAUGUUAAAAUGCAAAGUGAAGCAUUUAAUGGGAUAAAUUUACCUAGUAGACAUCGUUUAGUUUAUAAAGUAUUGGAUGAUGAAUUUAAAUUAAAAGGGUUACAUGCUUUACAAUUGAAAUUGAAAGGUAGUGAUGAAAAUUUGGUAUAA